AUGGAGACUUUCGGGCAGCAAGUAAACAGCAGCGGCUUUGGCCAAAUGAACCGGGCAGAUGAAGCUCUGAUUAAAGCCUUGGUGCCCAUCCUGGAUGGGCUAAUUCUGGUGACUGGUCUUGUAGGUCAAACCCUCGUUAUCACCAUCCUUACCGGCAGGAGGAGGAAAGAAAGUCAACCCCCGCACGGUACAGACACCCUGCUGCUGGCUCUGAGUGCUGCUGACCUGCUGCUUUUGCUCUGCCUGCCCUUCCACACCUCUGCUAUCACCCUGGGCUUUUGGCCUUUCGGCAGCUUCCUGUGCAAAGCCAUCAGCUUCCUGGGUGUGGCCUGCUCGGCUGCCUCAGUCUUCACCCUGGCAGCUUUGGCUGUGACACGCUACCUCACAGUGGUACACCCCACCUGGGCGUACCGUUCGAGAAUGCACAGACGCAUAAAGCUGACAGUCGCUCUGCUCUGGGUCCCUGCCUCAGCCUUGGCAGCUCCGCAGUUUGCCUUCCGCACAGUUACCCUGUCCAGCGGUGUGUACUGUUUUGCCUUCCUGUCUGACUUCAGCCAGCUGGUCUACAGCAUCGCUCUCUUCCUGUUCGGCUUCGCUCUGCCACUAGGCAUCAUUGUAUUGAUGUACGCCAAGAUCUACUGUUUUCUUCGACAUGCACGGCUGCUGGGGAACGCUCCCCAGCUGGAGCGCUACCAGAGCCAGGUCACUCACACUUCAGCUCUCCUGGUCCUGGUCUUCACUCUCCUGUGGCUGCCUUCCUACGCCCUGAUGUUCUCCUUCAUUGGAGGAAACAUAACAGGCUCACCUGGCUACAAUAUUAUUGCUAUCCUGGCCCGACUCCUGGCAUCCUCAGUAGCAGUGGUAAACCCAGUGCUGUAUGGCUUUAUGUCUCAGAAGUUUAGGCGAGACUUACUAGAACUGGGCAGAGAUCGCUGGGCAUGGUGCAAAAGCUGUCUAAUUGGCUGUCCUCGUGUGAUGAGCAGGGAUGUGGUGCAGCCCUUUGAGCUGGACACAACCUCAGAGAGAGGCCAAAACUGA